CAGCAUGUGUGUUUGUAGAGUGAAGGGGACGUCUCACUGAUGCAAAGGAUUCCCCCUUCAGAGAGGACACGUGCUGUCAGUGUUGAAACCUCCACAAGGAUAAUUUACUGUCACUCACAGACGUGGAGCAGAAGUGCAGGGCGAAACCGACUCAACCGUUUGAGGAUGUGUGGAGGGUCAUGCGUCCGGUGAAAGACGACACCACGAUGAUGUGAGGAUGCUGGUGGUGCAGAUGCUUUAACCACAGUUGAAUCAUGGGAAACGCGGAGAGUCAGAAUGGGGACAGUGGUCUAUAUGGCGAUGGGACGGGAACACUCUCACGUAAGCACACGUCCCGCUCACUCCGUCUCUCCAGCAAGCAGCCGAUCACCCGCCGCUCCCGAAUCUCCUCUUCAGUGAAGCAGGAGCACAGGAACUCUGAGGCGUCAACUCGUUCCUCCAGCACUCCCAGCAUCCCACAGUCGUUAGCGGAGAACGGACUGGAACCUUUCGAGGCCACGGAUGAAUUUGGAGAGUUCGGCAUCAACCCUCACUGGACGCAGCGCGUUGCCAUGACCAUGAGGCCGGAGUCCUAUCAGCAAGAUGACGACCAGCUGGCUACACCGACUCCUGAAACCUCAGAGGCGGACACCAUCGCCCAUGAUGGGGGAGAGGACUCCAUGGGAGAGGGGGAGGGAGACGCUGUCGGAGAGGAGAGGUACCUCCAGCGGAUGACCGAGGGCCCCAGAGAGGGAGGCAGUUUUAAAAAGAAGCGCUCGAAGUCUGCGGACAUGUGGAGAGAAGACAGCCUGGAGUUCUCUAUGUCUGACAUGAGCCAGGAGCACCUGACCAGCACUGAGGAGAUCAUAGUCGGAGGAGAAGAGGAGGAGGAGGAGCAGUUCACACGCCCCAGUGCAGGCUCCGCUGAGAGAGCAUCGUCUCUGGACCAUCUGUGCAGCCAGCAGAGUCCUGGCCUCAGGGGGCAGAGGAGCCGCUACCCUAAAAACCGGAGAGAGGCUGAUUGCGGAGAUGGAGAGGAGGGGUUGAUGUCUCCGACCGAGGAGGAUCUUGGCGGCUAUGGAGCGUUCACGCUUCCUUGCCGACGGUCCCACUGCCUGUCCGAGGGCUUGGGAGGCCUCGGCAUUCCGGCGGCACCGUGCCCUGCUUUCCAGGGACGCCGUGCACAAACUACCCAGGACAUCUCUGCUAUUUUGGGUGAAGGAAGCGAGUACGGCGACAGUGGCAUCGAUGGCGUCACCACUGAGAUCGACGGGGACGGAGAGCUGGUGUCACGGCGCUGUAAAGCCAUGUCGGCCUCCUUCUCUGUGUACUCGGCCACCGAGAGCAGCGUCUUCAACGGCAGCGACAGCGGCAGCAGCAGCGCCGGAGGAGGAGAGGGCAGAGGUGGCGAGGGAGGAAGGGGGGGAGUGUACGAGAAUUUCCGGAAGGAGCUGGACAAUCAGGCCUGGAUGCCGGGUCGGGACUGCACGGAGGAGGCUGGGUCGGCUGUGAGUGACGAGCGGAGCAGCGGCACCCUCAGCAGCGCGUAUCCAUCGGACGCUCUGAUUGGCUGUGCACAAGGCACGGUCAGGAAGGCAGGAGCUCUGGCCGUGAAGAACUUCCUGGUUCAUAAGAAAAACAAGAAGGUGGAACCUGCAACGAGGCGCAAGUGGAAACACUACUGGGUUUCUCUGAAAGGCUGCACCCUUUUCCUGUACGACUCGGACGGCCGCUCGGGUAUCGACCAUAACAGCGUUCCCAAGCACUCGCUGUGGGUGGAGAACAGCAUCGUACAGGCCGUACCGGAACAUCCGAAGAAAAAUUUCGUCUUCUGCCUCAGCAACUCAGUGGGGGAUGCAUUCCUCUUCCAGACGUCCGGCCAGACGGAGCUGGAGAACUGGAUCACGGCGAUCCACUCCGCGUGUGCCGCCGCUCUCGCUCGGCAGCAUCACAGGGAGGACACGGUGCGACUGCUGCGCACCGAGGUUCGCAAGCUGGAGCAGAAGAUCGACAUGGACGAGAAGAUGAAGAAGAUGGGAGACAUGCAGCUGUCCACCGUCACAGAUGGCAAGAAGAGGAAGACCAUACUGGAGCAGAUCUUCUUGUGGGAGCAGAACUUGGAGCGGUUUCACAUGGAUCUGUUCCGCUGCCGCUGCUACCUGGCCAGUCUGCAGGGCGGCGAGCCCCCCAACCCCAAACGCCUGCUGGGCUUCGCGUCACGUCCCACCAAGCUGGCCAUGGGACGACUGGGCAUCUUCUCCGUAUCUUCCUUCCAUGCACUGGUGGCGGCUCGUACAGAGUGCAGCAUCCGGAGGCGAAACCAGCCGAUGCCUCGAACCUUCAGCAAACGUCGAAGCCGGUUCUCCUCCCUGUGGGGGCUGGACACAACCUCCAAGAGGAAGAGCAAGGGUCAUCUCUCCAUCGACCAGGUUUUCGUCGAUGGGAUGGAGUCCACGAAAAAACCCUUGGAGCGAAUGUUUGAAGACUCCGUGAGUGAGAAAUCUAAGGAGACAGAGGCAUCAGUGAAGAGUCUUCCCCAGCAGAACGUCGACAGCUACAUUUGGGUUCCCGACUACCUGACUCCCUCCUGGGUGUGUCUGCCAAACAACCAGCCUGUCCUGGCCAUCAUACAGCCCGGGGACACGGCGCUGGAAGUCCUCAGCACCAUCUGCAAGACCCACAAGAUUGACCGAUCCAGCCACUACCUGCGUUUGAAAGUGUGGGUUGACAACAAAAUGCUCCUCUGUGUUCCUCAGCUGGAAGACGACAUCUCAGAUCUGGUCUACAAAGAGAUUGAGAUUUGCCCCAAAACAACCAAGAUGAUACGUUUUGACAACGCCGAGUCCUUCACCAUCGGAUACGGUUUCUCUGUUGCUGUUAUAGAUGAGGAUGGGACGCAGCAGCUCCACAUUACAGAAGUGAAAGAAGGAGGACUGGCCUCAGCCAAAGGUUUGCAAGCAGGGGAUGAGAUCCUGUUGCUCAACGGUAAACCAGCAUCUGCCCUCCAGAUGGAUGACAUGAGGGCUGCGUUUGUGAACCAAGCGUUGACCUUGUGCGUCAGCACCCUGCCCCAGCUGGACCCUCGGGUGCUGCGCUCUGUUCCACCGCGGCGCUCCGAUGGGGAGCAGGACCCGACCACAGACAUCUUCUCCCAGAGCCAGGAGGACAUCCUGGAUGAGGUAUCAGGUUUGACAGUGGACAGCUCAGAUAUGAGUUUGGAGGAAGGACCUCAGCCGACCCUGCAGAUCCCCGGAGACAAUCAGGAAGACAAAACAGGUGCCGGACAAAAGAGCACGGAGCAGGUCACCGCUUUCUGCCGCAGCCUCCAUGACAUGAAUCCCGCUGAGUGCCCCAUGUCGUGCUCCUCCUCGUCCUCCUCCUCGUCCCUUUCACAGAGCCCGGUGUCAGCCUUGCCACCCACGACUGGAACCGCAGCUCAGAGACAGCUCUCCCACGCAGACAAACUCCGCAAGGUCAUCAAUGAAUUGGUGGAGACGGAGAAGACCUACGUCAAGGACCUGAGCUGCCUCAUCGAGUGCUACUUGACACCUCUGCAGAAAGAGAGCUUCCUCACACAGGAUGAGCUGGACGUCUUGUUCGGUAACCUCGGGGAGAUGGUGGAGUUCCAGGUGGAGUUUCUCCGGACGCUGGAGGAUGGAAUCAAACUUGUGCCUCAUCUGGACCGACUGGAAAGGGUGGAGCAGUUUAAGAAAGUGCUGUUCUCCUUGGGUGGCUCUUUUCUGUAUUACGCCGACCGCUUCAAGAUCUACAGCGCCUUCUGCGCCAGCCACACCAAGGUCCCGAAGGUCCUGGCCAAAGCAAAGACUGAUCCAGAUUUCAAGGCUUUCCUGGCCGAGAGAAACCCCCGACAGCAACAUUCCUCCACCCUGGAGUCGUAUCUGAUCAAACCCAUCCAGAGGGUCCUGAAGUACCCGCUGCUGCUCAGGGAGCUCUACUCCCUCACCGACCCGGACAGUGAAGAGCACUACCACCUGGACGUUGCAAUGAAUGCCAUGAACAAGGUGGCCAGUCACAUCAACGAGAUGCAGAAGCUUCACGAGGAGUACGGCGCCGUUUUCGAUCAGCUCAUCAACGAACAGACUGCAAACAAGAAAGAGGUGGCUGACCUCUCCAUGGGGGAUCUUUUACUACAUUCCUCCGUGGUGUGGAUCAACCCUCCAUCCGCUUUGGUCAAAGGCAAGAAGGACCCUAAUCUGGCUGCUUUUGUGUUCAAGACAGCAGUCGUAUUUGUCUGCAAAGACUCCUCCAAGCACAGGAAGAAAAUCGGCGCAUCUCACCGAGCGUCCGUGAGCGACGACAGGGAUCCUUUCCGUUUCCGUCACAUGAUCGCAACGGACUCUCUGCAACUCCGUCCCCUCGCAAACUCUGAGGGGACAGCGGUGUGUGAGAUCGUUCACACAAGAUCUGAAUCUGAAGGGAGACCAGAGAGGACCUUCCAGCUGUGCUGCAAUUCUCCAGAUAGUAAGAAGGACUUCCUGAAAGCGGUGCACUCCAUCCUCAGGGAAAAGCAGCGGCGGCAGCUAAUGAAGACGGAGUCUCUGCCGCUCAGCCAGCAGUACGCCCCGUUCGGGGGCAAACGCCUGUGUGCCCUCAAAGGGAUGAGGCCCGCCAUGAACAGAGCAGCUUCAACUCCAUCUCGAACGCUGGCCCGCAGGAAGCUGGUGAGGAACCGCUUCACCAUCGACACCGACCUGGUUUUUCACGGCAACAAUAACAACAGCAACGAUUCGGACCCUUCCUCCUGCUCGCCGCUGCUCCAGCAGCGUCCAGCCCUCCUCCAGGCCCCCCGACCUCAAGGCGAGGACACGGACCGCUGGGUGGAGGAGCAGUUCGACCUGGGUCCCUACGAGGGCCAGGGAGAGGCCAUCGACGUGGUGCCGGUGAAGGAGACGGACAUUUUAAGCGACGACGACGAGUACUGCAAGUCCGUACGGGCUGCGUCGGCAGAACCGCCCGACCUGGAGGGGAAGAUGAAGGGGCUGGACCUGCAGGGCGGAGAGAUGAGGGCUCACAACCUGAACGGACGAAUAGACACAAGACGUGAGGCGAUGGAGGAGGAGGAUGUCGAGCGAAUAAAGCACGGUGAUGAUUCGUUCACCUCCCACGGCGUGUCCCUGUCCCGCUGUGCCACCCCAGCUCUCAAGCUCACAAACAAGGACCACGAUGUCAUCUGGGUGCGGCAGGACGACUUCGCCAACGGGUGCAACAGUGACGUCUUCUGAUAUAAGAACAAGACGACCAGAUGAAGACAGGAGACGGUGGUUCCUUCCACUUCUCACACAAAGUAGAAGUGUGAGAAAGGUGGAGGACGGAGUGGAUAAAAGCUUUAAUUAUGUAAACGUUGAAGGAGAACCUUGUGUAGAAGGUGUCAAGCCCUCAGCCAGUCCUUCCCAGUGUGAAAACACAACCCUCCUCCUCCUCCCACCACACCUCUCUCUCCCUUAUUCAGACAAUCCAAAAGUACUGAAAGUGAGUAAAGAUUACAAAUGAGCGCGGCUUCAUUAACGUGUCUUGAAACCUAGAGAUUCUCAUCCUGUGCUGCUUAAACUAUAAAGAGUAGAGUCCUCACUGUCUUGGGCACGCACGCAGGCAUCACACACAAACACACAAACACACAGAAUUGUAUGUGAACAAGACAGCAGAGUAAAGUGUGUGUGUUUGUACGCUGCACACAGAAGCACAUGCACGCACUGUACUGAAGAGAAGUCGCCACUGAACUGUGACUUUUUCUGGCCAAAAACAAAACAAACAAAGUUUUAUUUUUUAAAACACAGGAAUGUGGGUGUUUCUAUUUUUCUGACUCGGAAAAAACUGUGUUUGUAUUUCGACGCUCAAGGGCUGUGUGUUACUGACCUUCUCUUCAGGGGCCUCUGGCUUAACGACUGCUGCGUGUGAGAUGGUGAGAACCAACUAGCUUUACUGUGCUUUAUAUCAUUUUAAGUUAAAUAUCAGCUGCAUCUCGGUUUUGCAGCCGGGAGCUCGAUAAGAGUGCCGUUAACCUCUUGUACAAAAAUAUAGUUUUGAAGCUCACUUUUGUCUCCUGGAAUUAUCCUCUUUUGAAAGAUAGUAGGUCUUUAUUUAACUAUUGUAUUUUUACUGUCAUUUUGUAAUGUUUACACCACAUUGCCCAGUGUUACGAGCCACCUCCUGUGUGUUUGCUGCCAGAAACUCGCUUGUGUCCUUCACAGCCCUUAUCGUCUUCUAUUUUAAUCAAAAUGGCAUUUUUCAUUAACAAUCUCAUUAGGUUCAUUCAGCCCCAGAGGCCAAACUCUCUCCACGAUCUCCACCCCUGAUAAUUUACUUAAAUAUUUCCUCCAACGAUCCUGUUUGACUUGAAUUUUCUUUGUUUUUUAAAAAGAUGGUAGAAACAGAACCAUGUGAGUGUACUGUAACAGAGGAGCGAUCAUGCAGUCGACCUUCAGACGUUCUCCUCUGCUCUCUCCAGCUCUUUUAGUUUGACCUUUCAGCGUCACAGAAUCUGACUUCACUCGCCUGUUUCCACUUCCCACUCUCUCUCCUGCAUUUCUUCCUCCAUCCACCAGGCUGUGCUGUUUCACUAUAUGUCAUCACCAGCAGCCCUCACGUUAAGCUCAACAAAGUCAUCGCACCUUAAUGGAUGUAUUGAUCAUGCACUUAAUGCCCACUUGUGUCGGGGUGUGAGGCUCUGAGUCAGUCAGAGAUUGAGGAGAGUGUGUGUGUGUGAUUGUGUGGGAGGGGGGGGGGUGUUCUCUGGAUGUUAUUGUGUUUUUAUUAUGAUGGUUUCUUAGAAUUAAGCUCCCGGGUGAUGAGGCCCGGACGUUCAGACUGUGAGGUACAAUCACAUUCCUUGGUGGCACAUACUGUGGGGACCCCCCCCCCCCCCCCCCCUUUGACUUCUCCCUUUGUACUAAAACUGUGUUUGUACGUUUAACAAAAAACAGUGGAGUAUGGUUCUUAUGUUAAAUAAAUUUUC